AUGGGGUGCGGCGCCAGCGGCGUCUGCUCGUCGCGCGUGUCUGCCGUGCUCGACUCCAGCCGCUGCUGCUCCUCGGAGCACUUCUUCCGGGACAGCUGCCUCACCCAGGGCGAUGAAGACGCAGCCCUUCACGAGCGGUCCGCAGCAGAGGACUGCGAUGGAGUCACUGAUGGCCUUGACACCUUCUCGGACAUGGGCAGCACUGCCCUGCUGGAGGAGUGCGAGGCGGCGCAGCGUGUGGCAGCCCUGCCGGAGGGCGAGCUGUUCCGCGACGAGGACUUCCCCGCAGAGGCGAGCAGCCUCAGCCACUCAGACCCGCAAGCGCCGCACCUCGGCGACGUCGUAUGGCUGCGGCCGCACUGUACACGACAACAGCCACGGAAGCCUGCAGACUUACUCAGGAGGUCGGUGUCUGCUUGUGUUGGAUGGCAGGAGCUGGUGGAGGAGCCCCGGCUGCUGGACGAGGGCCGCGGCGCGUCGGCGGUGCGGCAGGGCGCGCUGGGGGACUGCUGGCUGCUCAGCGCGUGCGCCGCCGUGGCCCAGCGGCCGCACCUCCUCAGGAAGGUGGUGCCGGGCCGGCAGCCGCUGCGUGGCGCGGGCUACCGCGGCGCGGUGCGCGUGCGUCUCUGGCGCUUCGGGCGGUGGCGCUGCGUGCUGCUGGACGACCGGCUGCCGGCCAGGGGCGGCGCGCCGCUCUACGCCAGCUGCGCCGGCGCCGGCGCCGCCCUCUUCUGGGUCUGCUUCGUCGAGAAGGCGUACGCCAAGCUGCACGGCAGCUACGAGGCGCUGGCGGGCGGGCACGCGCUCGAGGCGCUCGUCGACCUGACGGGCGGCGUCGCCGAGAAGCUGCGCUCGUCGGCCGCGCUCUACCCGCUGCUGAGGGACGCCUUCGCACGCGGGGACCUCGUCACCUGCGCCAAGAAGGGCAACUGGGCGUCCGUGUCGGCAAGUAGGCCAGCGGUGACGGAGAGCGGGCUGGCGCGCGGCCACGCCUACACCGUGCGGGAGGUGCGCCACGUGCGGCAGGCCGGCCGGCGGCCGCUGCGCAUGGUGCGCGUGCGCAACCCCUGGGCCGACCACCGCGAGUGGACCGGCGCCUGGAGCGACGGGUGA